GGAAUUACAUAAAAAUGGCUACAAUUGAAGGGAUUGUUGAUCUUUCUGCUAUAGAUAAUCCAAUACAGAAGGAAAUUUUGGCUGAUUUCGAUCGAAGGAGAAAGGCAAGAAGUCUAACUUUACCAACAGAUGAUAUCCAAGUAAAAUUAAUGUUGCGGAGAUGUAAUGAGCCAAUAUGUAUUUUUGGUGAAGAUAUUUUGGAUAGAAGAGAACGUCUUCGUUCAUUACUUUCUCGAAUGUCAGAAGAUGAAAUUCAUGCAAUUCUUCAUUUGGACGAAAAAGAAAGGGCUGAUAUUCAAGACGAUCAAAGUACUUGGUAUCAUCGAGGACCUGCUGCUCUUCGAGAUGCUAGGGUUGAAAUAGCUGAUUUUAGUUUGGAAAGAGCGAAACAAAGAUUGGAAAGAGCGAGAGUGCAAGCAAUGCUUUCACAACAAGAAAGAGCUUUAAUUAAACAAGCAACACAUAGACGUAUUCAAACACUUCAAAUUUAUGGCACUCAAGUUUGUUUUUAA